CCCAUUUAGGGGCGUCCGGGUGGCCAUAGAGACAGGUCGGCACCUCACCGCGCUUUAAGCCGGUCGAUCCUUCUUGGAUGGGGGGCUAGCUCUCCUGAUUCUCCUUAGUGCCAGAUGGUCGACUGUAAGGGGGAGAAGUUCGCCAGGCACAAUGAGCGACAGGUACCACAAGGCGGCCCGGGACGGGUACUUGGACUUACUGAAGGAGGCGACACGGAAGGACCUGAACGCUCCCGACGAAGAUGGCAUGACACCUACGCUAUGGGCCGCUUACCACGGAAACCUAGAGGCUCUGCGUCUUAUAGUGGGCAGGGGGGGUGACCCGGACAAGUGCGACAUCUGGGGGAAUACCCCACUCCACCUGGCUGCAGCCAAUGGGCACCUCAACUGCCUCUCCUUCCUGGUGUCAUUCGGUGCCAAUGUGUGGUGCUUGGACAAUGACUACCACACGCCUUUGGACAUGGCGGCCAUGAAGAGCCACAUGGACUGCGUGCGCUACUUAGAUUCCAUCGCUGCCAAGCAGACGGCACUCAACCCCAAGUUGGUGAGCAAGCUGAAAGAUCGUGCCUUCCGCGAGGCCGAGCGCCGCAUCAAGGAGUGCGUGAAGAUCCAGAGGAAACACCACCGGCGCAUGGAGCGCAAGUUCCUCAAGGGCGAGUCAGAGGCCUCCAUCUCGGAUGCCAUGAGUUUCUCCAGCUAUGCCAGCAGCACUCUGAGCCGCAAACUACAGCAGCUGGGCACCUCUGCCAACAGUGUGCCAUACUCCCAGGCCACCCUCCAUGCUACGGCCAGAGGCAAAACUAAGAUCCAGAAGAAGCUGCAGAAGAAGAAACAGGGGGAUGGAACCUUCAAGAUCUACGAAGAUGGACGCAAGAGUGUGCGCUCGUUAUCGGGUCUGCAGCUGGGAAACGAUGUCAUGUUUGUGAAGCAGGGCACCUAUGCUGGCCCCAAAGACCGCUUGCGGCGCAACGUCCGCGACAUGUUCCCUAGCAAUGACGAUGCCAUCUCCCGUGCCAUCAGCGAGCCAGGCCUUCAUGCUGUGGAUGCCGCCUACUCGGAGGUCAGUGCAGAUUCUGGUCGUGACUCACUCUUCAACCGGCCCGGCCUGGGAACCAUGGUUUUUCGACGGAAUUAUGUGAGCAGCGGCCUGUUCGACAUUGGCUCCCGGGAUGAGGGCAGUGUGGCGCGACGGGCAGCUGAUGUACACCUGCGCAGCCGACUGCUCCGCUCACCAAGCCUGGACGACAGCAUCGGCAGCGCCGGCAGCCUGCAGGAGCGCAACCUGCAGGAGCUACCCUGGGAAGAGAUGGAGCUUGGCCUGGAUGACGAUGAGCCAGAGACCACACCCUUGGAGGUCUUCUUGGCCUCCCUGACCAUGAAUGAGUUUAUCCCAGUGUUCCGUAGGGAAAAGAUCGACCUGGAGGCACUACUGCUCUGCUCUGACCAUGACCUCAAGAGCAUCCACAUCCCGCUCGGGCCCCGCAAGAAGAUCCUGGAUGCCUGCAAGCGACGUGCAGAGACUAUAGAGGACCCCGAUAUGAUGGAGGACACUGAGCUGUGAGUAGAUCCUCGGCACUGAGGUGCUUCAGGGGUAGAUGGGGAAACAGUUUUUUUCUAGUCUCUUAACCACUUUCUGACUUGAACAAGUUCUAUUGGGGUUGGUUAUGGAAAUAUCAUCGCCAUCAUCCUAUUAUCAGUGGCUAUGCUAACAGCAAGUGAAACACCAAAUUUUAACUGAAAUUGUUGGUGUAGCCUUCAGAGGGCUUGCAUGGACUGUAAUCUUGGAGCGGAGGCAACUAACUGCUCACUCCAUUGUGACGUCACAGUCUUCCCAUCAACCGUGCCAGAGGAUCGUUUCCUAUUCUUGCCUGAUUCCAAAGAUGUACCCAUUGACAUCUAACCCCCACCCUGUAUCCCCAGCUACCCCUCUGGCCUCUUUUGGUAUGUCACAGGAAUACGAGUGUACAGGUUUCACUGAAUGAAUGAAAAUGAAAAACACUGUCUGGAUAACAGCAUGGGAUACAUGAAUAAAUACAGUUAAAAAAGAGAGACAAUACUGUCACCAGAGGGUGGGGAGGUUCUCAUGGGAAAUACCAGAUGCCUUUAAUAUGAGCCCCUUAUAUUGUUGGGUAGAGAUACCUGGUGGAUGGGAGGGACAGUUUACAGUGCAUCUGACUAGAUGUCCUCUGGGGUUUAAGGUUCUGGGUCCCAAGAGAAAGAUUAACCGUUGUAGUCUCAAAGGUACUUAAGGUCACUGCAUUCCUGGUGGAAAUGUCAUUGAACUACUUUAGUAAAAUAUUGCAGGAUAUAUAGAUAUAUAAAGGUGCAGUUUGUCUUGGUAAAGUCUGUCUUCUAAGCAACCAGAUAAAAAAUGGCUGAUGGUAAUCCUGAUAUAAAUCAGAUUUUCCACUGAGAUGAUUGUGCUGUUUGAGUUUCAGAUAAACUCAGAUAAAUAGCCUGAUUUGGCCGUAUGGGACAAGCACCGCUGCCAAGGGUGAUGCCAGCAGCUGCACUGUGUGUCGCUCGUGCUGGUGCCUGUCCAGCCAGUGGCAGGAGGGGGGUUGGGGCGCAUGGAGGAAUGUAGCGAGCCAGACUGAAGCUUGACGCCCUGGACUACGCCAGUUGGACUGAAGAAGCACAUCGUGGAGAUGGGGGGGUGGGGGGUGUUCUUCUCACCACUGCAUGAAUAUCGCCUCAGUAUAUUUGCCCCUGUGGGGUAUGGAUACAAUCCUCAUUGUGCCUGUGUUUCAGGAAGCAUCUAACACUGGGUAUUUCAGUGUGUUUGUAGAUUUACUGUAUGUAAAUGUAAUCCUUUUAUUUUCGCAAUUUCAUUUAUCCACCAAGCUGCCUGACCAGAUGUGUGAUGUGUCAGCUGUGUUGCUGCAAGAUGUUUACAGACAUUGACCUCAGGUCAGACCUCCAUGGUACAGUGUCACCUGGGGGAUGGUGGCUGGCUCAUUAACUCCUGUCACUGUCAUUUCACAGAGGUGUCACUAAGGGGUAUGGAUCCCUGGAAUGACACUCACCCGUUUCUUACACAGAUAAUCCCGCCAAACCCCAUUUUGACCAAAUGCUGACAUCCUCACACUAAAGGCCAAGGCUUGCAGCUCAUGACCAUAGUUUACAUGCUGUCCAGGUGUAGUGCUUGAGAAAACACAGUGAAGCCUUUGCUGUAACUUUCACAAAAAUGAAAGUUGUGAGAUCGAAUGGAUCAAGUCCCGUUUUACAGGGACCUGGCUGAGAUGCCUUGUGUUUUGUAAAGAUUUUAUUAAAAACCUUUCCAUGGACAGUCCCUGCAAGAGUGAUAUUCUGCCUCUUAUGUCCUGCCUGUGCUGUACCAUAACAUGUUUCUGAGUGUCUUCUCGCCGUAUGUAUGAGUUUCUGUCCAGGGUCAUUUCCUGAAAAUGGUUGCCUCUUCUCGGCUCCUCUUGUGUCAGGAUUGAUGUCAGGAUUGUUUAAAACAUGUAGUCCAUUUACUACAUUCUGCGACACCUACUGUAUAAAGCUCUAUACCUCCCCCUGCUGUAGGUUAUUGAACAAUGUAGGCAGCUUGAUAUACUGUUUUCCGUGUUGUUCGGCAUUGUGUAAACCCUUUUUACAACCAGUGUCUUUUUGUAAUAUAUAUUUAUGGUGAUCAUUUAGAAGGUCAACAUGAUAUAUCUUUUGUUUUAUAAUGAAGACUAUCCUUAAUGAGCAGACUUUAUUAAAGAUGUCACAUUUAUCGAUCCAA